AGUGGGGGGCGAGGGGGAGCGAAGCUCAGGCGUCCCACACGUCGGGAAAAGGAAAAAAAAAAAAAGGAAUCCUCUCCUUAAAGAGAGCCGGACCACCUUUUCCCGCGAAGGGACCGUUUCGUGCGCGACAUGCCUGCCGACACCCUGGAGAAACCGAGCGCCUCCCCGUUGGCCGGAGCCCCGGCCAGCUCCAGCCAGACGCCGGACAAGCCCAGGAGCGCCAGCGAGCAUCGCAAGUCCUCGAAACCCAUCAUGGAGAAGCGACGCCGCGCGCGCAUCAACGAGAGCUUGGGGCAACUCAAGACGCUCAUCCUGGACGCCCUCAAGAAGGAUAGCUCCCGCCACUCGAAGCUGGAGAAGGCGGACAUCCUGGAAAUGACCGUCAAACACCUGCGGAGCCUUCAGCGGGCCCAGAUGACGGCGGCGCUCAGCGCGGACCCCUCGGUCCUCGGAAAGUACCGCGCCGGAUUCAACGAGUGCAUGAACGAGGUGACCCGUUUCCUGUCCACCUGCGAGGGCGUCAGUUCGGACGUGCGGUCGCGGCUGCUGAGCCAUCUGGCCGCCUGCCUGGGUCAGAUAGUGCCUCUGUCCUACCCGCCGCCCCCGCCCUCCGGCGCGCCGCCCACCCACCUGGCGCCUCCGCCGGCCCUGCCCGGCCAGAUGCCCGGUCCUGCGGCCCCCGGGUCCGGCCCCUGCAAGAUGUCCCCGGCCGAGGCCCUGUCCCCCAAACUGUACGGCGGCUUCCAGCUCGUCCCGGCCACCGACGGCCAGUUCGCCUUCCUCAUCCCCGGUCCGGCCUUCGCCUCCUCCUCCUCCCCCGCCGCCGGCGGUCCGGUCCUGCCUCUGUUUGCCAGCCCGCCGGGGCCCAUCGGGGGCGGCGGGGCACCCGGGAGUGCGGGGGGGUCCCCCGCCGCCCCCUCCUCCCCGGUCCAGGGGCUCACGGCCUUCGGGGGCUCCGGGAAACAGGCGCCCAGCCCGGGCGUGGACCGCAGCCAGUCCGUCUGGAGGCCUUGGUGACGUCCCCGACCCCAACUUCGGGACAAACUUUCCGGG